AUGCUGCGCCGAACUUCACGUCGCUUUGUAAGCGCCAAGCAAUUCUUUGGAACCGAAGGGCAGCCAAUAGAGCCAUAUACCGCCAAGUCGCUCUUCCUGUUCAGCUUCAUCGCCUCCAUCGCGUUCCUGUCGGUGUUUAGUGUGAAGGAAACCAAGAAGGCCGGCCCACUUGAGCUGCCGGACGAGCUGGAGGCAGAAAAACGCCGUAAGAGUGACCCACGCCGCCCGCCGUGGCCGCUGCUGCACCAACGCGUCGUCCUUCUGCGCGAGGGGAAGGCGCCGCACGAUGAUCUGCCCCUCUUAUGGGAGCAGACACGGCACUAUUACCCCGCUGACUGGCUUGUGCCGCUCGAGAUCACGCAGGUGCUGAAGUACACAAGUGGGGCCUACCUGCAAAACUACGUCGCGGACCCCGAUCAGCUUCGCAAGGAGGUUUUAAUGCAAUUGCUCAACGUCAAGUAUGGACGUGUGAAGGACCCCAACGGCGGACGCAUUAACCGUGACGUGGAGGAAAUUAUUUCCAUGGCAAUAGAAGAUCUGGAAGGCAUGGACCUUAGCCCCUCCGCGGAAGCGGCGCUGGUGCCUACGCACACGUGA